GCACACUACCAGACAGGAAGAGAGGCAGUGAGGGAGGAGGCCAGAGUCUGCACAGCUCACCACUUGAAAAUAAAGGAUUGAGAGAGGAGGGUGGCUGCACUGAGAGGAAGGACACCUGCCGCUCCCUGAUGAUUCAGCUUUUCAGCUGUUUGGAGCUCCCAAGACUAGACAGCAUGUCCCUCCUGCCACUGCAGUGCUUGGCUGGCCUGUCCUCUGCACUACAUUUGCCUCAGCUAGAGCUGGCCCAUCACGUCGAUACUACCUUUUCUUCCCAAGUAUUCAGGAAAUUUGACAGUUGUUUUCCUUGUGAAAAAAAAGCAUGAAUAAGGAAUUCCUAUUUCUAAUGCAUAGACUGUCUACGUAUCCCCUGGAUUGUUAGCAAGGUUCCACUCUUUGAAGGGCAUCACCUUUCUCUGAAACCCAGCUCUCCCUCUGUGUCUACACAAUGGAAAAGAUACUAAAAGACAUUGGUGGAAAAAUGUCAUUGUGUGAUGAUCUGAGUUAAUAGCUAAGGUGGUAAGAAACACUUCUUCAAGCAGUGUGAAAGGAUGACUGAGGGAAUGGAGGAAGUCUCUGCAGGGCCAGCUCCCCCUUUUGGAUCAGUCUCCCCCACUGGCUCUACUGUUGAUACUAGGCAAGUCCCAGAAGAGAAACCAGAGGAGACAGAGGCAGCUGGUGAGAGUGGGGAGGAGGCUAUAGAGGGAACUGCAGAAGGAGGUGGUGCUGGUGACGAUGGGGAGCAUGUGGGGGCUUUUGGAAUUGUGACCUUGCCAGAGGCCUGCUGCGUGUGCAUAGAGAUGGAACAGAUUAACAAUUGCCUGCACUCUGAGAAAAUCUGCAUCCUCCCCAUACUGGCCUGUCUGCUUAGCUUAGCCCUCUGCACAGCUGGACUCAAAUGGGUCUUUGUGGAUAAGAUAUUUGAGUAUGAACCACCAUCACAUUUAGAUCCUAAGCCUAUUGGACAAGACCCAAUUAUUAUACCAGUUGAACCCACAUUGGGAAUAACAGUCUCGUUUCCUCAUGCAACUCCUUCAAAUAACUCCCUAACCACCACCUUCACCCUUACCCCAGAGCAUCCUGAAGUUUCAGUAGAAGAUAAAUCUACACAACAGCCGCAUGUGUCUCAGUCUUCACGAGUGAUUGAGCCUGCUGUCACACUGAAAUAUAACGCUGAACACUAUACCACCCCAAAGCAGACUCCCCAACGAAAGUCAACACAGAAAUCACACAGCCAUCAUCAAACUAUCUCUACCAUCAGCACUUCCACUACAGCAAAGACCUCAAGUCACGUAACCCGCUGCAGUGACAGUCAGAGGAACUACUGUGUUAAUGGAGGCGAGUGCUUUACCCUUGAAAUCAUCCCGGGCAGUACAAAGUUUCUCUGCAGGUGCUUGGCUGGAUUCACUGGGCACCGAUGUGAACAAGCAGUUCUUAAGAAUGUCUCAGACCCAAAACAAGCUGAGGAGCUGUAUCAGAAACGUAUUUUAACAAUAACUGGAAUCUGCAUUGCGCUCCUAGUCGUUGGAAUCAUGUGUGUGGUUGCCUACUGCAAAACCAAGAAGCAGAGAAAGAAACUACGGGACCGUUUAAGGCAACGUCUAAGGAAUAAGAGGAAGAAUACCAGUACUGGUAUUGACUCCAAUGUGGCAAACUCUACCACUGGACGCCCAAAUUCUAACUUGCCUCUUCAAGAUUUGCAGCUUAUUGGUCAACAUAAUGGAAAGACAAUGAAGCAUACAGCUGAAAAGGAGACAGAGACAAACCUUUCCACAAGCAAAUAUACCUUAUCUGUGCAUAAUCCUACCACACUCACCAACAUCUCCAGUCAAAGGUUUGUACCAGUGAUGGCAACUUCAGAGUCGCAGAACUCUCUUGCAACCCCUGGCUCUCCUCCAUCCGAGAUUUCAGCCCCCAUAUCCAGCCUAGCUAUCUCUGUUCCCUCUGUGACUUUAAGUCCCUCUGGUGAGGAAGAGCGCCCUUUGCUGCAUCAGCUGCACAAGUCCUCAAGCCGGGAUGUACAAAAGAGAACCUCUUCACACUACAAUCAUGGCCAUGUGGCAGAUAGCUUGCCAUCUAGUCCACUGUUCGCUAUGGAGAAUACUGACUACCAAACCAUACAGGACACCAGAGCUGCCAGCUAUAUGUUUUCAAUAGCACCUGUGAAAUUAAUUAACACAAACAACAAUGUAAGUGACUGCAGCAACAAUAGUGUCACUGACCAUGUGGUUGAUUAUUUGAGGUUAAAUGGUGACAGCAUACUAGUAAGUGAUACAGAGGAGCCUCAGGGGGAACACAUACCCUUCCUAAGUGCAGACAGGAAUACAGUCCUUUUACUCAGGGCUGUAGAUAGCGGCAGGACUAACCCAGCAUCACCAAAUGAUGACCUACCAGUAAAGUCAUCUAGCCUCAUCAACCAACAAGAUUUAAUUGCUGCGUAAAGUAAAAAAAAAAAAAAGAAAGAAAAGAAAUUGCUAAGAUUACUUCACAUGGAGGAAGAAUAUAAACAACCUUUAAACCUUUAUUUUCGAUAAAUUCUCAUAAUUUAUUUGCUGUGUAAAGACUUUUAAAGACAAAUGAAGAAUGAAACUUUUAUUUUAGAGAUGUAGUAAAUAAAGUUUUAUAAAAAAAACAGUACAAAUGUCUUGUAGGUAAAGUGCCAUACGCUAGUAUGCAGCAGUUCAUAGUAUAGUUAAAAGAAUAUUUCAGUGCAGACAAAUAUCAAUGGUGCCUUUCUGUUUAGUAUGCUUAAGGGGCCGUAAUAUUGCAUACUGGGCCAUGUAUCACCCUCUUAUUCUUCAAGUUAAUAAUCAGAUGCUCUGUGUUGUCUGCCUUUAACAUCUUGCACUUUAGGGCACCCACUGACAUAUUUGAAAUCAAAUGUUAUGGGUUCAAAGUGCAUGCUAUGUUCUUAAAUGCUGUCAUGAAAAAAUGAGCAGACAAUUGACUUGAAUUGAUGGUUUUCUUACCUGAUGUCCUACUUUUAUCACAGUCUUAUGGUAUAUAUUAUUAGUAAGCUUAUAACCUGGAUUCCAUCAAAAUGUCAGAGAUCUUAACUCAUUCACUGCCAGCCAUUGGCAGUGAAUGAGUUAAACCCAUUGAC